AUGGACCAAGCACCUCCAACUCCACCCACCCCCGCCUCCCAGGAGAGCAUCAUGCCCGAAUUUACCCCUAUCAACGGCAAUACGGAUAAACCUUCGGCUCCCUCCCCUUCGGCCGCAGCAACAAGCAACCCCACCAAGCGCGGCAAGAAAUCCACAGCCACCAACGGCGAGAAAGCCUCACCUCCCAAGAAGGCCAAAGGAGCAGCGGGAUCCAGCCCCUCGAAGAAGAGCAUCGGACCCAUCCCGACCUCUUUUGAGGCGGCCGGAUUAUCCGAUAGAAUGAUAAUCCAGAUGCGGGAUGAAGAGGGCAAAAAUUGGGGUGAGAUUAAUGAGUCUUGGAUGAAGAUGACUGGUAUCAAGGUGGGGACUAGUACGCUUCGAAUGAGGUAUACGACUAUGAAGGCGAAUUUUGUGGAGUUUACUGGGGAGGACGUAUGUGCUUCUUCUCUUUUCGUUGCUUUUUUGGCUUUGAUUAUGGUAUAUGCUGACGGUAGUUGUGUAGGAAGCAAGACUUCUUCGUUUGAAGAAGGAGAUUGA